GUAUUUUCACUCCUUCGAUAACCUUUGCUUCCAUUUCAAUUCAAGUUUUCAAAAAUCCAAAGGCCGGCCUUUUUCUCGUUAGUUUCCUUUUCAUUUCCCAGUAAACAAACAAAACUCAUUAACAUCGCUUCGAAGCCAAAACAAGAUUGAAUUCAUGGUGAAAGGAGGGCAAAAUUUGCCGGCUGACAUCAUCCAAGUAAUCGAUCAGCUAGAGCGCCACUGCUUAUCUCCCGAUGGAUCUCUUAUCUCCAAAUCCGCCUACUACGAUCUCCAGCAGAGAGGAAAUGUCGAGAGAAAGAUUACGCUAUUUAGAAGCAAUGGCAAUUUACUGUGAAGCAAUAGCUAUGGUGGAAGAGUAUCAGCAAGCAGUUUCAGUGGCGAAUCUUGGAGGGAUUCGAGAUAUUCAAGGUUUUUAUCCGCAGCUUGGAUUGAAGAAUUCUCCUCAGGUUUCAAAUUAAUUUCAUUAAUUUUUAUUUUCUAAAUUUUCUUUUUGAAUGUUUGCGGUUAAAGGAGAAACUUAUUGGACAUUAGCUAUAUGAAUUUCUUUUGGAACAAAAUAGAAAGUGCAAUUAAUAUUACAAACCUAAAAUGGUUAAAAA